UAACAAAAAAAGGUGAACGUCUGAAGCGGCAAAUCGAAGAGUCAGCAUAUUUGGGAGCUAAUCGAAUAUUUACAAAACUUGAUAACACCAUUGCUAGCAUGAUAACAACUGUUGCAAUUUACGAGUUGAACGAUAUGAAUGUGUUUGUUCAUUCAAUCAUUUAUAAGAUUUAA